CCAUGCAUGAUAUAUAUAUACACAUCAUGAAGAUGUAUGUACACGCAUGUGAAUGGGCUAUAAACUAACACCAAUAAACGGAGGCAAGAGAAGAGAAGAGGUCUCUGCCUUGACUGCCCUCUUAAAAACCUACUAGAUCAAAUAGAUCACCCCAUCUUGUCUCUCUCUCUCUUUCUCUUUCUAUUUCUCUUUCUCUCUCUUUUGCACAUAUUUGCACCUUUCUUUCACAACUCAUAAUCAAAGAAAGAAAUAGAAAAGCAGAUCCAAGGUGGUUGUUAAGCUGUCAUUCCAUCAAUCAAUCAAUCAAUCAAACAAGACCAAUCAUCAAUCAGUUUUUCUAUCUUUCUUUCUCUCUUUCUAGUCUUUCCUAUUAUUUUUUUUCUUUAUAAAAGAAAAAAGGAAUCGAAUCCAAAAAAAAAUGUCAUCUUCUUCUGCUUCAACAUUGCCGCAGCUGGACCACCUCUCUUCCUCCGAGCAGCUCUGUUAUGUCCAUUGCAACAUAUGCGAUACAGUCCUUGCGGUGAGUGUUCCUUGCAGCAGUUUGUUUAAGAGUGUAACACUGACUGUGAGAUGUGGUCACUGCACCAAUCUGCUUCCGGUGAACAUGUGUGGCUUGCUUUUGCCUUCGGCUAAUCAGUUCCAUCUGGGCCACUCUUUCUUCAACCCUUCUCACCAUAAUCUGCUGGAAGAGAUACCAAACUCAGCCCCAAACUUUCUGAUGAAUCAAUCAAGCAUGGCUGACUUUGCAGUCCCACCUAGAGUGAAUACUCGUCAUGAUCAUCAUCAUCAUCAUCAUCAUGAACUUUCAAGGCCUCCCGUUAUUAACCGACCCCCGGAGAAGAGACAGAGAGUUCCCUCCGCAUACAAUCGUUUCAUCAAGGACGAGAUCCAACGCAUCAAGUCUGUAAACCCUGAUAUUUCUCACAGAGAAGCCUUCAGUGCAGCUGCUAAGAAUUGGGCUCACUUUCCACACAUUCACUUUGGUCUCAUGCCUGAUCAGACUGGGAAGAAGACAAAUGUUCGCCAGCAGGAAGGAGAUGAUGUUCUGAUGAAAGAUGGGUUUUUCGCAUCAGCCAAUCAUGUUGGUGUUUCCCCUUACUAAUGACAUAACGAUCGAUCGACCAAGCAUAUAUAUAUGGAGAUCUAGUUACAAGAAGACUAUAUUUCUUGGUGACCCACCAUAUAUAUAUAUAUAUAUAUAUAUAAUGGUACGUAGUAAUUAGUAGUACGUAGAAGGCUUUUUAAUUUAAUGUCGAUACCACCAUGUCUACUAAAAUAUCAUGUACUUUUCUCUCUUUCUCCUUUCUUAGAUUCCGCCAAAAAAAAAAUGUUUAUUAAGGCCCUUUGUGGUUAAAAAGUACUACUUGUCUAAUCUUAUGCUAAUUAUAAGCUAUGACAACGCUCACUAUAUAUAUAUUUAUAUAAUGCUGAUAAAUUAACUAGCUCUUUAUUUAUA